CUUUUCAUCUAUCAAGUUUGCUCUUGAAUUGGUAGUCAGUCGCCCACAAGAAAAGCUUUUUCGAUUUCUGCAUCCAUUAGACUGGUCUUCUCAUCCUGACUUUAGUUGUAGUGAAGAAAGUAAAAUCUUUAGGAGGUCUGAAAGAGGAGCAAAAAAAUGACCAUAGAGGCUGCCACUGUUAAUCUUCCUGCAGUCGUGCAGGAAACGGAUUUCAAUGUUCAUAUGAGUCAAGAAAGCAUUGUGGGUCUUAUGGCAUUGAUGUGUGCGGUCAUUUCCAUCAUGGGUUUUCUUUCAGUCCUGCCCUGGCAUGACAUUUGCAGGUCUCGUGAUGAGUACAUGGCCACCAAAUUAGCAAAUACGGGCUUGAAGAAGGCGGCCAUACGAGCACUUUCUUCCCUAGUCUACAGCAAACUGAGAUCAGGACAAGAUACUGUGGAAUGUCCCAUCUGCUUGGCGGAUUUCAUUGAAGGUGAAAAAGUGAGAGUUUUGCCCAAAUGUAAUCACAGCUUUCACAUGGAGUGUGUGGACAAAUGGUUUGUUUCACACUCUUCAUGUCCCACUUGCAGACGUUCUCUUCUCCAGAAAGAAGCUUCUGUGACUCAAAGUGAGGCUAACCAAAUCCAGUGCAGUAGAUCAACAGCAGAAGAUGGUAAGGGUACUGCAAGGGAUAUUGAGUGUGGUGUUGGGCCAUAGAUAUGUCCUUCAUUACUUGCUAAUUGGAAAGAUUUGGCGCUCCAUGACUGUUCUCUCAUGCUCUUUAGAAAUUCUUUUUGUGUGGCUUUUCUUUCUUCCCAGAAAGUUCCUUUUCUAGGAUCAGCUAGAAAUUUCUCACUAUGUAAGCAGCCCACACAUUGUGUGUUUGUUAUCUGUAUAUACUCAAAUUAAUUACAUGUUCUUUUGCUAA